AUGGCUAUCAAGUCUGUUGUGCUCUCCGCGCUGGCGACGUUGGCGUCGGCUUCACCUCUCCUUCAUGCUCGUGACAGCAAUAGCACAACUUAUGUCUUCACCAACUCCAAUGGCUUGAAUUUCACUCAGAUGAACACUUCCUUGCCCAAUGUGACCAUCUUCGCUACGGGAGGAACCAUCGCCGGCUCCGACUCGAGCUCGACCGCCACCACCGGAUACACCUCGGGGGCUGUGGGCGUGUUGACCCUCAUCGACGCCGUCCCGUCCAUGCUCGACGUGGCCAACGUGGCCGGGGUGCAGGUCGCCAACGUCGGCAGCGAAGAUAUCACCUCAGAUAUCCUGAUCUCCCUGUCCAAGGACAUCACCCGGAUGGUGUGCGACGACCCGACCAUGGCGGGUGCGGUGAUCACCCACGGCACUGACACGCUGGAGGAGUCGGCCUUCUUCAUGGACGCGACGGUCAACUGCGGCAAGCCUGUGGUCAUCGUCGGAGCCAUGCGUCCCUCGACGGCCAUCUCGGCCGAUGGGCCCUUCAACCUGCUCGAGGCCGUCACGGUGGCUGCCUCCCCCAAGGCCCGCGACCGCGGCGCCAUGGUCGUCAUGAACGACCGCAUCGCCUCCGCCUACUAUGUCACCAAGACCAACGCCAACACCAUGGAUACAUUCAAGGCCAUGGAGAUGGGCUUCCUGGGCGAGAUGAUCUCCAACAACCCUUUCUUCUUCUACCCGCCUGUCACCCCCACCGGCAAGGUGCCCUUCGACAUUGCCAAUGUCACUGAGAUCCCCCGCGUGGACAUCCUCUUCUCCUAUGAGGAUAUGCACAACGACACGCUGUACAAUGCCGUCGAGAGUGGUGCCAAGGGUAUUGUGAUUGCCGGAGCCGGAGCGGGAGGCGUCACCACCUCCUUCAACGCCGCCAUCGAGGAUGUCAUCAACCGUCUGGAGAUCCCCGUGGUGCAGAGCAUGCGCACGGUGAAUGGUGAGGUGCCGCUGUCGGAUGUCAGCAGCGACACCGCCACCCAUAUCGCCAGUGGGUACUUGAACCCCCAGAAGUCGCGCAUUCUCUUGGGUCUCUUGCUGGCCGAGGGCAAGAACCUGACCGAGAUGGCCGAUGUGUUUGCCCUGGGUACGAACGCGUAG